CUUGUUGCAACUUGUACUUUGCCAUCCAUUUAUUCCAUGGUAGUAGUUGUUAUAUAUCAUGUUGAGCUUACUAUCAUAGCUUGUUUACUACUCUAUCUGCUUGUGUGCUAUAUUGUUACGUCACAAUGCUGUCUAGUGCCGUAAGUUGUUUUUCCUCUGUUUAGAGGUCUUUUGUUCUGAACUAAGUUGGCGGACGGAUGUCCAAAUAAAUCGCGUGCAGUUUUGUAAUGAGUCUGUAUUCAUUACUUGUUAUAAAGAUAUAACAAAUUGGCGACGAGGAUUAAAAAGCCUUUUUGUGCCGUUUUGUAGCCAUUUCUUGGGGAAGGAAGGAAAAUAUAUCGAAGUUACAGCUUAAUUUCGAGGAUAGAUAAGAGAACAGUCGCUGGACUGCGACGGAGUUAGAACUGAUUAUUGCAGCAUAAUCAGUGACUUUGGAUAUUCAUAGUGAACAGCAUUCACUGGACUGGGAACCCAAGGCCUGUUAUUAUAUUGAAUUAAACGGCAGUAAAUUAUUUGAGCAUCGUUGAAGCACGAUUGCAACUGUUAACAGAAUAAUGACGUCAGCAUCAUUGGAAGUUGCGCAAUUCAACAUUAAUCGCCCAGACGAAUGGCAACAAUGGCUGCGACGAUUUGAAAACAUGUGCCUCGCCAUGUCGGUUGACAACGCAGAGAGAAAGAAAGCGUUAUUAUUACAUUUUGCGGGACCUGAAGUUUUUGACCUGUAUGAGAAUUUGCCCGCACCGCCGAAUGCAGAUGAAAAUGAUAAUGUUUAUGCCAACACCGUUAAGAAAUUGGAUAAUUAUUUCGUGCCAAAGAUAAACAUUGAUUUUGAAUGUGAUGUUUUCAGGAAUGCAAAACAGAAAUUUGGCGAAAAUAUUGAUACUUCACGUUUGCGUAAAUUAGCUGUUACCUGUGAUUUUACGGAUGCUGAUCAUGAAAUAAAACAGCAAGUUAUUUCUGGUGGAUGUGAUUCUAGAGUUAGGGAAAAAGCUCUACAGCAGCGUAUGUCUCUUCGAGAACUUCUGGAUUAUGCAAAAAGUAUAGGACAAGCAAAGCAACAAACAAAACAAAUUGAACAACGUCACACGAGACCAGAGAAAUUAUAUGAAAUUGAUGUGCAGCGUGAAAAGAAUUCCGAUAGCAAAUCCAAGCCUAGAGCACCACAGCUUUCUUCGGCUAGAGGGGGUAAGUCUCUUAGAUGUUUUCGCUGCGAUAGUUCUAAGCACUUUGCCCGUGAAUGUCCAUUUAAAGAUGCCAAGUGUUUUUGUUGUGGUAAAAAGGGCCAUACCAAGAGUGUGUGUCGAUUCAAGAAAUCAAGUCAGUAUAGACACGGCCAGAGAAGUAAGCAAUGUAAUUCUCAAUGUUGUAUCGCUGGUGAUAAGAAUACGCCGGGCGAAAGUGAAACGAAUGAAAACUCUGGUUCAUCAUACGAAUUACAUCAUACAGUGUCGUCCGUGCAAAAUAACAAUGUGGGUGUGAAAUGCAAUCCAAUCUAUCUUGAUCUUGACAUCGAUGGCAAAAACAUUUCUUGGGAAGUAGAUACAGGGGCUACACUAUCUGUCAUGUCUUUAGUGCAAUAUAAAAAGUUGUGGCCAAAAGCAGAAUUGAACCACACCGAUGUUAAACUGUCUACAUACACGGGGGAGUCUAUUCCAGUAGAGGGAGAAAGGGAUGUUACUGUAACGUAUCAAAAUGGUAACCCAAUGGUAUUGCCAAUCACUGUGGUAAGAAAUAGUAACCGCUGUAAACCAUUGCUGGGGAGAAAUUGGUUGAAACGUAUCAAACUUGAUUGGAAUUCAAUUUUCAAAAUUAACUAUUCUGAUGUUAAAAUCAGUACACUGCUUGAUAAGUAUCCUGAAUUGUCUUCACCUGGAUUAGGUUGUGCAAAAACUGAAGCUAAAUUGGAGAUUGAUGACAGCGUUAAGCCUAAAUUUUAUAAACAACGACCUGUACCUCUUGCACUCAAAGAAUUGGUCGAAGCUGAACUUGAUAGACAAGUUGAAAUCGGUGUUUUGAAGCCAUGUAAAACAUCCGAUUGGGCUGCACCUAUGGUUACCGUAUUAAAAGCUGAUCAGAAGUCAGUUCGGCUCUGUGGAAGUUAUGACUUGACUGUAAAUAAAGCAAGUCGUCUUGAGCAGUAUCCAUUGCCAAAGGUGGAUGAAUUAUUGGCUAAAUUUGCUGGUGGGGAAAAAUUCUCUGUUAUUGAUCUGAAAGAGGCAUAUCUGCAGAUACCAUUGGCAGAAGAGAGUCAAAAGUACACAGUAGUUAAUACACAUAAGGGAUUAUUCACGACAAAUCGUCUUGUUUAUGGAAUAUCAAGUGCCCCAGCUAUAUUCCAGAGAUAUCUUGAAACACUGCUGGGUGACAUAGCAGGUGUAGGUGUUUUCCAAGACGAUAUUGGAGUAACCGGUUCUUCUGAUAAAGACACAUAG